GGGGGGAGGGCGCCCCGCGCUGAUUGGCGGCUCGGCUCGGCUCGGCUCGGCGCAGCAUGGCGGCGGCCGGGCGGGUCAUCGGCGGCGGCCUCGGCCGGCACCUCAGGGAGCUCCGCUUCCACCUGUGCCCGCGCUCGCCGGCCAGCCAGGGCGCCCGAGAUUUCAUUGAGCAGCACUACGUCGCUUUGAAAAGGGCGAAUCCCGACUUCCCCAUGCUGAUCAGAGAGUGCUCAAACGUGCAGCCCGCGCUCUGGGCCAGAUACGCAUUUGGCCGAGAGAAGAAUGUGCCACUAACUAACCUAACGGUGGACCAAGUGGCCAAAGCCCUGGAGAAUGUUGUUAAUAGCAAAGCAUAAGUGUAAUGAGUGGCCGCUUCCUUUGAACCCCAGUCCAGCUGUAGAGCGCAUGUGUGCAACCUAUAUAUAAAGGAAAUUGACGUCAAAUAAAUCCUCCGAGGACUGA